AUGCCUCACAUCGACUUCCCCGACGUCGAGGCGGACGAAGCCGGGAAGGAUGAUGAAGACUGCGGGUCGCCCGAAGAUGAACCCUUGGUUGUUCCUUCGGACUUCUCCACCUCGGAGCGCAAAGACCUCGGCCUCGAAGCGUUAGCUGUUUUCGAACGUCGCAUCCGCCUAGGCCACGCCUAUGAUCUGCUGAACGCAGUGAAGAUGUCGGUGAACCACCAGGCAGGUGUCCGCCGCCGCCGCACGGACGCGAGUGCUGGCUGGCUUGUACAAUUACAACCGCGACCGUCUGCUCGCCUUGUCCACACCGCUACCUCCGACAUCCUCAAACCAAUCAAUAUGGAGCAAGACCUCAAAAGCAAGAACUGGAGAAAGCCCCGCGAACAGGGCGAUAGUCGCGAGGAGCAAUCGUGGAUAUGGACUGCCAUCCCACCUUGGACGAGCAAGACUGACGCAGAUGCUUGGCAACUAGAAGUGGUUCCGAGCUCGGCGGACCUGGCACGAAUCAACGAAGAGAUUAACAAGCUGCAUGCCGAGUUCAAGCGCACGAUACUCGGCUUCAAAAACCUGUCCCUGGCAUGGGAGUCCGCCGCUCUGAAGACUCAGCUCUCGGACGGUUCACGCGCGUAUGCAAGGAAGAAAGCUGACAUGUUCCAAAAGCUCAGUGAUCAAUGCUCAGAGACGUUCGCGAAGGCGCGUAGGGAUCCCGAGAGAAGUGGGAUUACUCCGAUACUACGAAAGUGGGGAUUCGGAGACCCCUGA